AUGGGGACGGCUGUGGGGGGGGGCACCUGUCGGAACCUGGAGAGAAAUCUUCACUUCGACGCCUGUGUUCACGCUCCUGCAUCUGUGCCAACAAAGAAGAGAGCAAGGGGGUGGGGGCAGCAGAGUAUUAUGGUCUGUCCGUUGCGAGUCAACCGCCGCGCGCACGAGACUAGUGUGUCAGCCCGGCCUGGGACCGUGGGACCUGGGACCGCACACAGGUCACUGCACCCAGCUGAGAGGCCCCCUCCUGCUGAACUCCCCCACGUCACUGUGCCUCCUCCCUCAGAAGGCUUUAGGAGGGACGGUUCUCCAGCAGCAGAGAGCCGCAGACUGAAGCAGGCUCCGGGACCAUGUCUGGCAGCGACGAUGACAGAGAGGACUUCGGGGGCGCGGAGGAGCUAUGAGGAGGAGCUGGAGGAUGCUGCCUGUGAUGCAGAAGAGGUGUCCAAGUCCAAAAAGAAGAAAAAGGCCAAAAAGAGCCGGGAGAGCCGCAGCAGCAAGAGGCAGAGACCUGUGAGAGAGGAGUUGCCCGUCAGCUCUCCGGAGCCUCUGAUGGAGGUGGAGGCGGUAGACCAAAGCGUUGCACGGUCGGAAAGUGAAGGCAGUGAUUAUGCUCCGGGAAAAAAGAAAAAGAAGCGAACAAGCGCCGCUAAAGAGAAGAAGAAGGGCGCUGCUGCAGAGAAAAGCAAAAGUAAACGCAAAGAACCCGAGCCGGAAGAGGAUGAUGACGAUGAUGACGACUGCCAGCCUAAAAGCUCCUCGCAGCUGCUGGAGGCCUGGGGCAUGAAGGAUAUCGACCACGUCUUCACACAGGAAGACUACAGCUCCAUCACCAACUACAAAGUCUUCAGCCAGUUUGUCAGACCCUUAAUUGCAGCUAAAAACCCCAAAAUUGCUGUGUCAAAAAUGAUGACUUUGAUGAUGGCCAAGUGGAGAGAGUUCAGCACAAACAACCCCCUGAAGGGUUGUGCCACCGCCAACGCUGCCCUGGCCACGGCUAACGUGGCUGCAGCUGUGGAGAACAUGGUGGCCACAGACGCCCCACCUGAGGACAGCUCCUCCCCCGCCCCCCCACCUGUGCCUCCUCCCCCCCCUCCUCUGCGCAAAGCCAAGACCAAAGAGGGAAAAGGUCCGAAUGCAAGAAAGAAGUCAAAGUCAAAGGCUCCCCUAAAACCCAAACCCAAGAAAGUGGCUCCGCUCAAAAUCAAACUGGGAGGUCUCAAAAGAAAGCGCUCAUCUAGCGACGAAGACGAGCCAGAGGCUGACAGUGACUUUGAAGACGGAACUUUCUCAGUUUCUGAUGGUUCCGGUCGCAACAGUCGACUGAAAAAGUCAAAGUCCAAGAAUGGAAAGAAAAAAAAGAAAGUAGAUGCAGAAGAAGGCGAUGGGUAUGAGACGGACCACCAGGACUACUGUGAGGUGUGUCAGCAGGGGGGCGAGAUCAUCCUGUGCGACACCUGCCCCCGGGCCUAUCACAUGGUCUGCCUCGACCCCGACAUGGAGAAGGCCCCAGAGGGAAAAUGGAGCUGCCCACACUGCGAGAAGGAGGGGAUCCAGUGGGAGGCCCGAGACGAUCUGUCGGAGGCUGAAGCUGAGGAUGAUGAUGAUCGGCAGGAGGAUGGAGCGGAGGAGGAAGACGACCUGCACAUCGAGUACUGCCGCAUGUGUAAAGACGGAGGAGAACUGCUGUGCUGCGACACCUGCACCUCCUCCUACCACAUCCACUGCCUCAACCCCCCUCUGCCCGAGAUCCCCAACGGAGAGUGGAUCUGCCCCCGCUGCAAGUGCCUUCCUCUGAAAGGAAAAGUGCAGAAGGUGCUCACAUGGCGCUGGGGGGAGCCUCCACCCCCCAUCCCCGUUCCCCGCCCGGCAGACCUGCCCGCAGACGCCCCGGACCCCCCUCCUCUGGUGGGCCGCCGCGAAAGGGAAUUCUAUGUGAAGUGGUGCAACCUGUCGUACUGGCACUGCUCCUGGGUCCAAGAGCUGCAGCUGGAGCUGAACUGUCAGGUGAUGUUCCGAAACUACCAGAGGAAGACGGACAUGGACGAGCCACCACCUGUGGACUUCGGAGGAGAAGGAGACGACGACAAAAGCACCAAGCGCAAGAACAAAGACCCUCUGUACGUGCGCAUGGAGGAGGAAUUCUACCGCUUUGGAGUGAAGAUCGAGUGGCUGAUGGUUCACCGCAUCCUCAACCACAGCGUGGAUAAGAAAAACAAUGUGCACUACCUGAUCAAAUGGAGAGACUUGCCCUGUGACCAGUCGACCUGGGAGAGCGAGGACAUGGACAUCCCAGAUUAUGACACCUUCAAACAAACCUACUGGAACCACAGGGAACUCAUGCUGGGUGAGGAGGGCCGACCGGGAAAGAAGCUGAAGAAGCAAAUCAAAGUGAAUAAAGCAGAGAGGCCACCAGAAAAUCCAGUUGUAGAUCCCACCAUUAAGUUUGACCGUCAGCCCGAGUACUUGGACACCACUGGGGGGACGCUGCACCCGUAUCAGCUCGAGGGUCUGAACUGGCUGCGGUUUUCCUGGGCUCAAGCCACAGACACGAUCCUCGCUGACGAGAUGGGGCUCGGAAAAACCGUCCAGACCGCAGUGUUCCUCUACUCGCUGUACAAAGAGGGUCACUCUAAAGGUCCGUUCUUGGUCAGUGCUCCUCUUUCGACCAUCAUAAACUGGGAGAGAGAGUUUGAGAUGUGGGCUCCGGAUAUGUACGUGGUGACUUAUGUUGGCGACAAAGACAGCAGAGCGGUUAUCAGAGAAAACGAGUUCUCCUUUGAGGGCAAUGCCAUCAGAGGAGGAAAGAAAGCAUCAAAAAUGAAGAAAGACUCCCAGGUGAAGUUCCACGUCCUCCUGACGUCGUAUGAGCUCAUCACCAUUGACCAGGCGGUUCUGGGUUCUAUUGAAUGGGCCUGUUUGGUGGUGGAUGAGGCACAUAGGCUGAAAAACAAUCAAUCCAAGUUCUUUAGAGUGCUGAACAACUACCCUCUCCAACACAAGCUGCUGCUCACUGGAACACCUCUGCAGAACAAUCUGGAGGAGCUUUUCCAUUUGUUAAACUUUUUGACUCCAGAAAGAUUUAAUAACCUGGAGGGGUUCCUGGAGGAGUUUGCGGAUAUCGCGAAAGAGGACCAGAUUAAGAAGCUCCACGACAUGUUGGGUCCACACAUGUUGAGGAGGCUGAAGGCAGACGUCUUCAAACACAUGCCAUCCAAAACUGAGCUGAUUGUCCGCGUCGAGCUCAGUCCCAUGCAGAAAAAAUACUACAAGUUCAUUCUGACUCGAAACUUCGAGGCGCUGAACACUCGCGGAGGCGGAAACCAGGUGUCACUGCUCAAUGUGGUGAUGGACCUGAAGAAAUGCUGCAAUCAUCCCUACCUCUUCCCCGCCGCCGCCACUGAGGCCCCCAGACUCCCCAAUGGCAUGUAUGAAGGGACUGCCCUCACUAAGGCGUCAGGAAAACUGCUGCUUCUUUGUAAAAUGAUGAGGAAAUUAAAAGAGGGCGGUCACAGGGUGUUGGUUUUCUCUCAGAUGACCAAAAUGCUGGAUCUGCUUGAAGACUUUCUAGAGAAUGAGGGCUAUAAAUACGAACGCAUUGAUGGAGGAGUCAACGGAAACAUGAGACAAGAAGCUAUCGACCGCUUCAAUGCUCCAGGGGCGGUGCAGUUUGCGUUCCUCCUCUCCACCCGAGCUGGAGGUUUGGGAAUCAACUUGGCCUCCGCCGACACGGUCAUCAUCUAUGACUCAGACUGGAACCCCCACAACGACAUACAGGCCUUCAGCAGAGCUCACCGUAUCGGUCAGAACAGGAAGGUCAUGAUCUAUCGUUUUGUCACCAAAGCAUCUGUGGAGGAGAGAAUCACUCAGGUGGCCAAAAAGAAGAUGAUGCUGACUCAUCUGGUGGUCAGACCCGGGAUGGGCACCAAAACAGGCUCCAUGUCCAAACAGGAGCUGGACGACAUCCUCAAGUUCGGCACCGAGGAGCUGUUCAAGGACGACGCUGCCGAAGGAGACAACAAAGAGGAUGACAGCAGUGUGAUUCACUAUGACGACCACGCCAUCGACCGUCUGCUCGACCGGAACCAGGACGCCACGGACGACACAGAGCUGGCGAGCAUGAACGAGUACCUGAGCUCCUUCAAAGUGGCUCAGUACGUGGUCAAAGACGAGGACGACGAGGAGGAGGAGGUUGAGCGUGAGGUGAUAAAGCAGGAGGAAAGCGUGGACCCAGAUUAUUGGGAGAAACUUUUGCGGCAUCACUACGAGCAACAGCAGGAGGAUCUGGCCCGAAACCUGGGAAAAGGCAAAAGAACCCGAAAACCUGUGAACUACAACGACGGUUCGCAGGAGGACCGAGGUAUACGACAGGACUGGCAAGAGGAUCAGUCUGACAAUCAGUCUGAUUACUCUGUGGCCUCGGAGGAGGGAGACGAAGACUUUGACGAACGCACUGAAGCUAACGCUCGCAGACCGAGCCGCAAAGGGCUUCGGAAUGACCGUGACAAACCUCUCCCUCCACUUUUGGCGAGAGUUGGAGGAAAUAUUGAAGUACUGGGCUUCAAUGCUCGUCAACGUAAGGCCUUCCUCAAUGCAGUGAUGAGAUACGGGAUGCCUCCUCAAGAUGCUUUCACAAACCAGUGGCUUGUCCGAGAUCUCCGGGGGAAGUCUGAGAAAGAAUUCAAGGCCUAUGUGUCUCUAUUCAUGCGUCACCUGUGUGAGCCUGGGGCCGACGGAGCUGAGACCUUUGCAGAUGGAGUCCCUCGUGAGGGUUUGUCCAGACAGCACGUGCUCACUCGCAUCGGAGUCAUGUCACUUAUUAGGAAGAAGGUGCAGGAGUUCGAGCACGUGAACGGACAGUGGUCCAUGCCCUGGAUGGCAGAGCUGGAGGAGAACAAGCGAGCAGCUGCUUUAGCUGCUGGAGAAGACCCCAAGACGCCCUCAUCAGGGACCCCCGCGGACACACAGCCCAACACCCCCAUCCCAGAGGAUUUGUCGAAAGCUGACGACAAGGACGACAUUAAAAAGGAGGGAGAGGACGGAAAAGUGACAAAAAAGUCUGAUGAUACAGAUAUAAUUGAAAUCCCAGACGAGUCAGACAAAUCCUCCUCUAGCGGCAGAAAAGAGAGUGAAGACGAGACGAGAGACGAGAAGGAAAAGGACAGUAUAGAGUAUGCGGAGAAAGAGAUAGAGCAGAAGGAGGAGGAGACGCCAGAGCUGAAGACAGACGAGGCUAAAGCAGAUCCAGCGAGCAAAGCUGAGGAAGGAAAAGAAGAAAAGAUGGAUACAGACGAGACUAAAGAGCCAAAGGAGGAAAAGGAAUCUCCGAAACAUGAGGACUCGGACAAACUUCAGAACGGAGAAAACACCAAAGAUGGAGUGAUGUCAGCGGCGACGGCUCUGGUCAACAUCAGCGAGGAAAAGAAGAAGGCCACAAAACAACGGUUUAUGUUCAACAUCGCGGACGGAGGUUUCACAGAGCUCCAUUCCCUUUGGCAAAACGAAGAGCGGGCAGCAACAGUCACAAAAAAGACGUUUGAGAUUUGGCAUCGUCGCCAUGACUACUGGCUCUUGGCUGGCAUUAUACAACACGGUUAUGCUCGGUGGCAGGACGUUCAGAACGACGUGAGAUACGCCAUCCUCAACGAGCCGUUCAAAGGAGAGAUGAGCAGAGGCAACUUCCUGGAGAUCAAGAACAAGUUUCUGGCUCGGCGGUUUAAGUUAUUGGAGCAGGCGCUGGUGAUUGAGGAGCAGCUACGUAGAGCCGCGUAUCUGAACAUGACAGAGGACCCCGCGCACCCCUCCAUGGCUCUGAACACCCGCUUCAGUGAAGUCGAGUGUCUGGCGGAGUCCCAUCAGCAUCUGAGCAAAGAGUCCAUGUCUGGGAACAAGCCGGCCAACGCUGUCCUACACAAAGUUCUCAAACAACUGGAGGAGUUGCUGAGUGACAUGAAAGCAGACGUGACGCGUCUCCCGGCGACCAUCGCCAGGAUACCCCCAGUGGCUGUGCGCCUUCAAAUGUCAGAGCGCAACAUCCUGAGCCGGUUAGCGAGCCGUGGCCCUGAUGUGACUGGCCAGGGCCAGGUGCAGGUGUCGCGCUGA